AUGCAUUUCAAUUUUAUUCUGACCAGCCUGGUCGCCGGAGCAGCUCUAGCUGUUGCCGAGCCUAUCCCUCGUUCUACUUCUCAGUUCCCUGUGAUCAAGACCAACAAUGGCUCUGUUCAGGGUAUUGCAUCUGAUUUCCGGGAAGAUAUCACUGUAUACAAGGGUAUCCCCUUUGCCGCCACCACUGGUGGUGAGAACCGCUGGAAGAAGCCCAAGACUCGCGAUGCGUGGUCCGGUGUCUUGAAAGCAGACUCCUGGGGACCUCAGUGCGCGCAGUCCACUUCCUCUUCUGCCGGUAUUUUCAACACUGCUUCGAACAUCACUAGCGAGGACUGUCUGUUCCUCAACAUCUGGACCCCUACAUACAACGACACCAGUGACUUGAGCUCCAAGAAUCUGCCUGUCUACUUCUGGAUCUAUGGUGGACGCUUUGAAGCCGGUUCUGGCGAUGUUGUCACCUACGAUGGUUCUGGUCUGGCUAGCAAGGACAUCAUUGUUGUUACCAUGAACUACCGUGUCGGUGCUUUCGGCUUCCUUGCCCACCCCGAGCUCUCUGCUGAGUCUGGUCACAACAGCUCUGGUAACUACGGUCUGUUGGAUCAACAGUUUGCAUUGGGCUGGGUCCAGGAUAACAUUGCUAAGUUCGGUGGGAACCCCAACCACGUCUUUGUCGGUGGUCAGUCUGCCGGAUCUUCCAGCUCGCUUGACAUGAUGUUCUCUCCUCUGUCCAAGAACCUGAUCAAUGGUGUUAUCUCCGAGUCUGGUGCCCGUGGCCCUCACGACCCUAUCACCGGUAGUGAUGCCACCAGCUACCGUACCAAGGUCGCCGCCGAGGCCCAGGGUGUGUCCUUCAUGGAGGAGAUGAACUCUACUUCCGUUGAGGACAUGCGCAAGUUACCUAUGGAUCUCCUUAUCUCCUACGGCUCUCUCAGUGACACCAUAUUCGAGGGUACUCAAUUCGAGAACCUUACCAGCUCCUUCAUGGAGCCUCCUCUCUGGCGCCCCAACAUCGACGGUUACGUCUUGACCCACAGCUAUGGCCAAGCCCUGGACCUGAACGCUCACGCCGAUGUCCCCAUCCUUACCGGAAACAACGCCGACGAGUCCGGCGCUUCCACCGACCCCGGUUUCACCGUUGCCACCUACAAGACGCUGUACACCGAGUUGUUCGGUGUAUUUGCCGAGGAGUUCUUCAAGCUCUAUCCCGGCCGCAACGAGACCGAAGCCAAUGAGAACAGCAACGAGCUCUUCCGCGACCUGAGCCGUGUCGGUACCUGGCGUUGGGGUGUUGACUGGACUGCUGGUGGUGCCAAGAGCAGUGUUUACACUUACUACUGGACUCACACCCCCGCCGAGGAUGCUACCGCGGGUGCGUACCACGGCAGUGAGCUGUGGUAUGUGUUCAACAACAUCCCAUACUCUGACUACUCCAACGUUACUUGGACUCCCCGCGACUACCACAUUGAGGAGAAGAUGUCCAACUACUGGGCUAACUUCAUUAAGACUGGUAACCCCAACGGUGAUGGUCUGACUCACUGGCCUGAGACUACUGACACUAAGAAUGUCAUGUGGCUGGGUAACUCCUGGGGAGCUGGUCCUUUGUCUAAGACUGAGGCUCGCAUUGAGUUUAUCAAGCGCUGGGAGGCUACUCUUCAGCAGUGGUAA